UGAACCUGGGAGGUGGAAGUUGCAAUGAGCCGAGAUAACGCCACUGCACUCCAGGCUGGGUGAGAACAGGGCGAGGCUUCAUCUCAAAAAAAUAAAACAAAACAAAAACGGAAAGCCUAAAAACAGGUUCCAAGAAGUAGUAGCAAAGAGGUAAUUUGUUCGAAUAUACAGCACAGUCAUACACAGCACUUUGCAACUUACCAUGGAAAACAUUAAGUGGCAAGACAAUACUACCCUCUAGGGGCAGAAUUUUUAUUUUCACAACUUCUCAGCAAAGGAUCAAUGAAAGGAUGAACUAAACAGUUAAUAGCAGGCUAAUUAUUCAAGAUUGAACAAUCCUUUCUCUUUUCACGUUCUCUUGGGGUAAGCAGUUACAUGACUGACUACAGAAGUUGGGAUAAGACACCUGACCAGUACAUUCUGGUUACUUAUGAAAAUAAUUCUGAUACAAGGGUAGAGAGAGAAAAAUUUGAAAUGAACUUCAUGAAACUUAGAAUUUAUAUAUGGAUUUUUAUUCCUAUUUUUAUUACAGACUUACUAUUCUAAUUUCUCCCCAUUUUGGGAAAAAAGUUCAAUGACAGAUAUUCCCAGUCCCUUCAGACAUAUGAGGUGCCUGUGUGUUUAAUCUGCUUGGAUAGAAAUUAUUACAGCAUUCAUAAAACAGGAAAUGAACAUUAUAAAACAGUUACGAACUGUGGAAUAUUUUGGUUUCCUCUGCCCCCUGCCCUGCUCUAAACUCUCCUUCACUGGGUUUCUGCAUUUUCUCCAUCCUUUAUCCCAGAUUAACCUGUUCAUUUAUUGACUUCUGUCAAGUUCUAGAAAAUGAGAUCAAAGGGUGAUAGCUGGAUGUUCUUCCGUCUUAAAAUGUUAGGGAAACAGUUUGUUAAAAGCAUGUUACUCUUUAGUCGUAAGUAUUGAGCAGUCAUUGCCCUUCAGGCCAAAAUGCCAGCCACUUUAUUUUUCUACUUUUUAAAGACAGCCAUCAGCAGUCUGUAGUAGAGCUGGCUUUCUUAACACAAAACAGUUUAUUAUAUUUUAAUUGGCGGGCUCUAUUGUAUCUUAGAGUUUUUUUCUCUAAUUUUAUAUUGAAGUGAAAAAUAGGAAGAACAUAAAAUUUGCUACAUAGAUAAUUUUGGGGAUGUUCUAUUUUAAACAUUGAUAACAGUAUAAUUUAAUUCCAUAUUUUGAAAUAUACAAAAAAUAUAUACAACUAAAAUGGUAUCUAAAACAGAAACCUAUGAGUGCUAGCUCCAAACAAUAAGGCAAAUAAGUGAAGAGCUCAGGUAAUGGUGUUAUUCUUGAGGGCACAAAGCCUGGAUAAAACUAGAUUACCAUAAAUAGUAUAGAAGUUGAAGAAAUCAACACAGUAACUAGAAUUAAUUUAGAAAAAAUUAAUAAGAGGUUGGACAAAUACCAUAAUAGAAAUAAAACCUAUCAGAGCAACAAAUGGAAAAAACACACAAAAGCAAGUUUGUGUCCUCAGUGCCAAGGAUUAGAGGCAGAUGAAGUACAGACUGAAUAUAGGGAAUAGAAAAAAGCCCCAAGAGACAAUGAGUAUCUUAGGAAGUGGAGAGUGAAUAAAGGCAAUCUCAUGACAGGAAGGGAGAGACUGGAAUCCUGCCCGCUCCCUCUUGCCAGGGUUAUCCAGAAUCAAUGUUUACCUAUGAGAAUUGUGUUUUUAAAUAGUUUUUAAAGUUUUAAAAACUUUUACAUUGCUGGUACAGAAGUUUCAAUUUUUCUCUCAAUGUCAGGAUUUCAAUGUAAGAAAUAGAUUUUUUUUGGAUAAAAUUUUUUUUUGGAUAAAUACCCGCUGCUUCAUCUACAAUGUUGCUCACUUUCAGUUGGCCUUUCCCUUUCCUAACUACCCGAAUUAAGACUUUAAACUCAACUGUAAGGUAGUUCAGCCAUCAUAGGUGGGGUUAGUGGGGGGACAGUGGAGAGGCGGCAAGAACCAUUCAAAUUCAGUUCAACACUGAACUCAGCAAGAAAAAAAUUACGUAACAUUGCAAAUUAAUAUUGAUAUGUCAAUAUGUUUAAUAUACUAAUCUGACUAUAUUAAUCAGCUAAUUAAUGGUGAACUGACUCAUAACUAUCUCGGAUAUUAUAGGCAAGUUUCUUAACCUCUCUACACCUAAGUUUCCUUAUCUGUAAAAGUAAUAAUGGGACCUUCAUCUUGCAGUCGUUGGGAGGAUUAAACGGGAUGAUGCACUAAAGCCAGGUUAUAUAGUAUAAUUGAAACUUUUGUACUAGCAAUGUAAAAAUUUAAGAUAAUUUUAAAACUAUUUAAAAACACAAUUCUCACAGGUAAACAAUGAUUCUGGAUAAUACAGUGUUACUGUUUUCAGCAAAACAACCAUUGCUAUUAUUAACAUUUGCUAAUGCUUAUGUUUUUAGCAUAUGCAUCUUCAUUCAAUGCUCAAAAAGGAGAGAAUUACAGAGCCAAUAUUUAUUAAUCAUUUCUUCAGUACUAGAUACUGUAAACCACCCACAAGAACCGUAGGGCGCCGCACGCACCUCGGAGGGGGCCCUUCUGCCGGCCACCCGCCUCGGAGGGUUUCAGGCCAGGGCCUGAGGUGGCUCCUGCCCCCUCGCGGCUAUGUUGGCUGCGCGGUCAUCCUACCUUGUUCGUUUCUCCCCUUCCCCCGCAACGGGCCUUGGCUCCCGGCUGCGGGUCAAGACAGGAGAGCGCCGCGUACCCGCUGCUUCCCAAAACCCACUGAGCCCGACGCGCGCGCCUCCGCUGUGCCAGGGGCGCGGGGAAGCCCGACGGCGACGGUGUCGUAAAAGCGUCGCGAAGGCGUCCGCCCUUGGCGGCUUUUGCCACCUGUUAUGAAAACCCAUGGACAAUCCCAAAUAUGUUGUCAAUGACGAGAAUUGGCUUGGCCCCAGUUCUGGGCUAUUUGAUUAUUGAAGAAGAUUUUAAUAUUGCACUAGGAGUUUUUGCUUUAGCUGGACUAACAGAUUUGUUGGAUGGAUUUAUUGCUCGAAACUGGGCCAAUCAAAAAUCAGCUUUGGGAAGUGCUCUUGAUCCACUUGCUGAUAAAAUACUUAUCAGUAUCUUAUAUGUUAGCUUGACCUAUGCAGAUCUUAUUCCAGUUCCACUUACUUACAUGAUCAUUUCGAGAGAUGUAAUGUUGAUUGCUGCUGUUUUUUAUGUCAGAUACCGAACUCUUCCAACACCACGAACACUUGCCAAGUAUUUCAAUCCUUGCUAUGCCACUGCUAGGUUAAAACCAACAUUCAUCAGCAAGGUAAAUACAGCAGUCCAGUUAAUCUUGGUGGCAGCUUCUUUGGCAGCUCCAGUUUUCAACUAUGCUGACAGCAUUUAUCUUCAGAUACUAUGGUGUUGUACAGCUUUCACCACAGCUGCAUCAGCUUACAGUUACUAUCAUUAUGGCCGGAAGACUGUUCAGGUGAUAAAAGACUGAUGAAAGUCAUCCCUGACCGUUAGUAAGGAAGCAGUAUACAUCAGUGGGAACAGGGCCGGUGGAAAUCUACAGGAGGUUCCCUAUUUUGGUGUUCAGCUUGAAAAAGGACUUGUCAGAACAAACCAUGUCAUCAAAAUUUAAGUAAUAUGCAUUGAAAAUAAGGUUGAUCAUGGGAAUAUGCAGAAUUUCCAAUGUAUUUUUAAAUACAAAUAAAACUGUAAUUUAGAAUUUUUAA